GUAAGGCACAACUCGUGGGUUGUUCGGGUCCCAGCUUGGAAUUUAUCUGUUGAAGCUGCGCAUGUAUCCACCGCAUCCAUAUCCGUUGAAUGUGCGUUCCCUCCGGCAACUGCAACGCAAGCAAUGGCAAGAGCGGCUUGCAGUCACCUUUACCUUGUUCCCACUCUAUUGCAUCCACUCAAGUCAAACUUCUUGCGAAAUCAAACUCUUCUCCGAACCGCUCACUUCUAUGGGACUCAACGAAGGUUCUCGUCUUUUUCAUCGAGGAUAAGUAUGAGCCUUAGAGCCGGCAUCGUUGGCCUCCCCAACGUUGGCAAGUCCACUCUAUUCAAUGCUGUUGUUGAAAAUGGAAAGGCUCAAGCUGCUAAUUUUCCUUUUUGUACAAUAGAGCCAAAUGUAGGGAUUGUUGCAGUUCCAGAUUCUCGUCUCCAGGUACUUUCUAAUCUUAGUAAAUCUGUUCGAGCAGUACCUGCAUCUAUAGAAUUUGUGGAUAUUGCGGGGCUUGUAAAGGGUGCAAGUCAAGGCGAGGGACUGGGUAAUAAGUUUCUGUCGCAUAUUCGUGAGGUCGACUCUAUACUUCAGGUUGUUCGAUGUUUUGAAGACAAUGAUAUAGUUCAUGUGAAUGGUAAAGUUGAUCCAAAAUCUGAUAUUGAUGUUAUCAACUUGGAGCUUGUUUUUGCAGAUUUGGACCAGAUUGAUAAAAGAUUGGAGAAACUAAAGAAAGGCAAGGCAAAGGAUUCACAAUCUAAAGUUAAGGAAGAGGCAGAAAAGUCUGCACUGGAAAAGAUUCGUGAGGCACUCUUGGAUGGAAAACCUGCACGAUCUGUGACCUUAACGGAUUAUGAAAGGGAUGCUGUAAAGCAUCUCUGCUUGCUCACCAUGAAACCUGUUAUAUAUGUAGCAAAUGUUGCAGAAUCUGAUCUAUCUGAUGCUGCAGACAAUAAUUAUGUGAAGGAAGUCACAAAAGUUGCAUCUGAGCUGCAGUCGGGAAUCGUAACUGUUUCGGCACAGGUUGAGGCCGAGCUGACUGAACUACCAAUGGAAGAAAGACAAGAAUAUUUGAAUUCGCUCGGUGUUAGUGGAAGUGGUCUUGGGAACCUAAUUAGGGCAACUUAUGGUCUGCUGGGGUUACGAACUUAUUUUACUUCUGGUGAAAAGGAGACAAAAGCAUGGACAAUACUUGCAGGAAUGACUGCACCUCAAGCUGCUGGAGUAAUUCAUUCCGACUUUGAGAAGGGCUUCAUUCGAGCAGAAACAGUGGCUUAUGAUGAUUUUGUUGCUGCUGGUUCACUAGCUGCUGCAAGAGAGAAAGGACUUCUGAGAUCCGAAGGUAAAGACUACAUUGUACAAGAAGGAGAUGUGAUGCUUUUUCGAUUCAAUGUUUAGUCGAAAUUAAUGCUCCAAGUUGGGGGUUCACAGGAGUUGAGAACUUGGCAUAUUCAAGAUGAGUAAAUUUUCAUAUAGUUGCUGGUUAUACUUUAGACAUGCAUUGUUUCUUUCUGUCUGUCUUUGUUUUAGGAGAAUGCUCCAAUCUGGAGUCGGUGAAAGAUGAGAUACAUGAUUAGUCUGAAACAACUCAGAACCUUUCUCGGCCAAUUUUUUAUCGGUUUGCGCAAGCAUUGUUUUGUUUUCAAAACACAUUAAUAUGUAAAAAAUAAUACAAAAAUGAAUUAGGGGUCUUUCUUUCUUUGUUUAAUCUCAUUCAUCACCUAGCCAAUGUCUCUGAUACUUGGACAUGGACGCUGACUCUUGUAUGUUUUUUCGUGUAGAUUUUCUUUUGGUUCUUAA